CAAUCGGUGUCAAAUGCCGUUUGCUCAGUUCGUUGUGUGUUCCGCGGCCAAUGCAAACGGAGACGGGCGAUCGAGUGCUUCUGUGCGUUUUGCGGACGAUUUUCUGAUCCCUCCCGCGUACCCAAUUAUCGCGCAAGCAUUUUGAGUUUGAUUCCGCUGCGAAUAGAGCAGAUUCGAUCCAAUAUCCAUCGCACAGGUAACUAUCGUUUGCCCUUCGAAAAAAAAAUCCCACUCCCGGUGGUGAAGUGUGCAAAAAAGUCGAAAUAUCAAAUACCCACCACCUCAUCAAACACCCCUGUUGUGUUGUGCGCGGCCAAGGAAAAGAGAAGGGUGUAGCUGUGUGUUUCAUCGCCUAUGUGAGCCUGUGUGCGUGUGUGAGUGUGUGUGUGUAUUUUUCUAACGAAGCAAAAACAAAUCUAAAUCGCUCAACUCAUCACUGAGCCCAUCAUCUGGUGGCCGUUUGGCCACUUUCCUCGGCGAAAAAGCUUUUCCUUUGCGGCGGCCACCCAUUGCGACAGUUUCGGUGGUUUCUAGCAUUUUCCCGUGUGUGCCUCCUCGGUGCCUGCUGCGAUACGCGUUUCUUCAGUCGUAUAUGUUCUCGAAAAGGAUUGAAGGAACUCGUGAGCACUUGCUGUUGACACUGGCGUGGGAAUAUAACCGUCAGAAUUUAACACUCUAUACUUUGAGACCUUAAGAAGAGGAGGUUUUCCCGUUAGUGUCGCUGCAGUUUCAAAUUAUUAAUGUGUGAUUUUUGUUUUAUUGUUUUUACUACAGAAAAAGUGAAAAGUGACGAAAUUGUGAUGUUUUCCGCUCGUUAAUAUAUAUUUAAAAACCCCGGGAGCCACUAAUGUGCGAGAAAAUUAUGUAAAAAAUCGUAUGGUGUGUGUCUGCGCAAUGGUUAUUUAUGAUCGGUUAUUCGCUAUCGGUUCGUGUUUGUGUCUAAGAAUGCCCAGGAAAGUGUGAAAGUGUGUGUUAUGCUCGAUGUAAUCUGCACAUGCAAUAGAAGGUGAAGCCUGGCAUUUGUGGUGUAAAAAGGCAUUGAAAAACCAGCCGGUGCGGUGAUCAGUGAAAACUAAGCGAAGCAUCAAUCGUUUAUCAAUCAAUUUAGUGCUAGGGAGUUACAUUCCGCCCAGGAAAAAAAAGAAGUCGCUGCUAGUUUCCAGCCCCCUCCGCCAGUGGUGGGUGGCGGCACCCCCCAGCAAAACAUAUCUCCGCGCGUACCAUACCGCCGUGAAUGACACUAAUAGGGCCGGGCGCCCCAGGAAUGGCAUUUAUGAUGAAGAAGAAAAAGUACAAGUUCUCGGUGGAGCUGCACCUGGAGGAGCUGAUCGAGGUGCCGUUCCUGAACGCGAUGCUGUUUGCGAAGGUUCGCCUGCUGGACGGUGGCUCGUUCCAGGCGCACAGUACUAGAGAGGAGGUGAAAAACCACACGGUGCGGUGGGGUCAAAAGUUCGAGUUUCCCUGCAAAAUGACGUCGAACGCGUCGACCGGCGUGCUUGACCCGUGCACCGUGCGGAUAUCGGUGCGGAAAGAGAUCAAGGGCGGCCGGAGUUACCAGAAACUCGGAUUCACGGAUCUGAACCUGGCCGAGUUUGCCGGCUCGGGCCUGACGCCGCGCAAGUAUCUGCUCGAGGGGUAUGACGCACGGCACCGGCAGGACAACUCCAUGCUGAACGUGUCGAUACGCAUGCACAUGAUUCAGGGUGAUAUUUUGUUCAAAGUUCCUUCCCCGAGCCCGAAGUCGAAGACUGCCCUGCCCCAAGACAACAUGGCGCUAGGGCUACAGCCCACCGAUCCGGCGAUGGCGACGGUCGGUCCCGUCGUUACGCCCGUCGUGACGCGCGUUUCUACCAAAGACGAUCCGUCGGCCGGCUCCGUCGCGCCCGGGUUCGAUUCGCUGCCGAAGAAGAAACCCCCAACACAGGUCCUGCCGACGACGAUAGAGCACCAGCAAUCGUUCGACCUCGACCCGCAGUCGUUCAUCAUUACCGACUCCGGUAUCUCUGAAUCUUCCGAACCGCCAUCGUCCCUGCUGGACUUUCAGUCGAAUCUGUCCCUCGUUGCAUCGCUGCCGGUCAGUGUCGGUGCACCGCAGCAGACGGGCAGUGCCGCCCUGCCCGGCAGCCAGGUGGUACCGACCGUCGGUACCGUGCCCGGUGCGAUCGAAUUAGGUCACUCGCGCAACUCGAGCAAUACUAGUCAAAUGUCCAAAGGUUCCGGCUACAGCAGCUUCUCCCACAGUCAACACUCGAGGCAAAGCUCCGAGGGAGAUUCCGGCCACCAGAGGUACCGUCCGGCGACGGCAACGGUUUACCAGGGCAAACCGGGCACGCUGCUGACGGUCGACGGCUCCAAAACCAUCACCAACACCACCACCAUCACCACGUCUAGUAGUAGUACCGCACAGUCUUCCUUAGCUAACGGGGGCCGUUUCGUGACGCUCGCUAAUAAGAAACUUCUCGCCAGCGGUCUCAGCAGCAGCACGAGCGCCGGCAGCAACGGCCGGCUCAACCCGACCAAGCAGCAGAUGAUGACGGCGAACCGGCUGCUGAUAAAGCUGCGCAUACCGCAGAGCCCGACCUCGGACUCGGGCGACGAGGUGUUCGUCACGCCGGACGUGACGGUGCUGUCGGAGGACGAGGGUGGCGCCAGUGACGAUCGGACCGAGUCGGGCGUGGAAGAGUUCGGCACACCGACGUCUGAGAUCCCGCUGUCGAAGCUGGUCAAGAUCAAGAGCAUGAACAAUCUGGCCGUACCGAAGGGGGCCAUGUUCUCCGACGAGGAGGAGGUGGACGACCAAACGCACGGCUACUUCCUGGCCGCUGGAGGGCAGCCGGACGUGGAUCACCAUCACCAUCUGACGCCGGGGCUGAACCUGAGCCGCAUGAAAUCGCUCGGCAAUCUGUCGGCGUACGAGCGCGAGUUUGGCCACACGCCGGUCGAUCUGCUGCAGUCGAAGCGGGACUUUGAGACGCGCCGGUUCAGCUUCGCCAAGAUGCGCUCGCUCACCGAUCUGACCGGGGGCGACGAGUCGGACGAUGUGUUGGUGCGGCGCCGCCGCCAGCUCAAGGCGGAGGAGAAAAGCUCCUCGGAUGAGUCAAACGCACCGUCCUCGUGCCAGCUAUCGCCGCUCGGUGGUGGCGGCGGCGGCGCCGGUGUCGAGCUGGCCAAUCGGUUUCUGCCCUUCCAGAUGCGCAGCUCCUUCCACAGCGGUGUGUAUCGGAAGCGGUCCGGCAUUGGGUACACACGGUACAUUGGCAUUGAUGAUGAUCCGGCGGCGGCCGGUGGUGGGACCGCUCCAUCAGCAACGCUCGGUCCGAGCAAUUUAACAAAGAUCAACUCGCUCAGCACGAUCCCGACCGUACUGGCAGCGGAGCGCGUGAACCAUGUGCCCUUCCUGACGCCCAACAUUGGCCGGAAGCGGUUUGCGUCCGCCUCGACCUACAACGCAACGCGUGCCAGCGCCACGAGCAGUCCGGACGAGAACGAUCCGGACGCGGCGGUACGACUGCCGGCAGCGAAACCGAAAGCGACCUCACCAACCACCGGCUCGGUGGCGAAAGUGAUCGCCCGCAGCUCGAUACGGAGCAACAGCAGCAACAAUCCAUUUGAGCGUAACUUCCGUAAGAGUGCCCCGAUCGGUGGGAUCGUGGUCGGGCAGCCCGACCCAGCGACUGAUCGAUGUACCGGGGGGCUGCUGACCAGCUCCAGCUCGGUCGGCUCCGUCCAGCAGCUGCAGCAGGUCGGCGGGUUCUUCCGCCAGUCCGACAGCAACUUCUACAACAUCGUGCGCAACUACCCGAUCGGCAAGUCUUCCUCCGCCAAUCUCGAGUCGCUGAAACAUCGCUCUUCCUACAACAACUUCCCGCUGAGCUUGAAACCUCAGCCACUACAGCAACAGCCGCUUCAGAAGUCAUCCAAGGGCGGUGUGCUGACCGCUAAGGGGGCCGUCGAGCCGGCGAAGGGCAUUGCCGCCGUGCCGCUGGUCGGCGUGAAAGCGGUGGCGGUGACGAAUCAUCAACCCACAGCAGCGACAAUGACGGCAACGGCGGGCAAUCGUGUCUACAAUAGAUUCCGCUCAGUAGUGCGGGUAGUACUUAAGUUUAUCAUAAAGGGACAGUCGAAUCAAUCGACAAACGAUUGCCAUAAGUCUGCCACCGGCCCUGCGCCCAUCAGCCAUGCUGCGGCGGCUACCAUUACCGGUGGUGGUAACGCCACCAGUACUGCAGCUACCACUUUCGCCACUUGUGCUACCACUACCACUACUUCUUCUUCUACUACUACUACUUCUACUACUACUACUACUACUUGUUGUUCCAAUUCUACUUCCACCAUCGCUACCACCACCAUCUCGUCUACCAGUGCGACGGUGUUAAAAAAUCCCAGCUCCGGCUCGAUCCCGAUGAGCGAAACCGGUUCACUCGAUCGCAUGAAGUCGGCGGCGGAGCGAAGGAAAAAGGGCGCCGGCCACGACGGGGACAGCGGCAUGGCGCCGACGCUGUCCGGGCGCGUGGAGGACACGCGCGUCAACACCGGGCUGAUCAUAGACGAGCUGCUGAAAAACACCAAACUGGACCAUUUAGAAGAUGCCGAAAAUCCCACCGGACUAGCACUGUACAUCAGCAGCGACGGUACGACGAUGGUCGGCAGCCACGAGGUGCAUUCGCGCAUGCCGGCCGGAGCAUUUAAGCAGGUUGUCAUGGAAACGCCCAGAUAGUAGCAACCGUAGCAGCAAAGUUGCUCCGCCAACAGUCGCUGCCGCCCAACAGGGGCCGCCACCAUCACCGGCUGGCGGGUGAAUGUGGCGUCGCCUUGUUGUUGCGGCACAAUCGUUCGAGCACAGCGUGCAGAGUGCAUCAUCGUCGUCGUGCUUCAUCCAAAUCGUGUAUUUGCCAUACUCCCUCCCCUUCGGUUCACGCGAGUCAGUGUGUGUGUGUGUGCGUUGCCUGCGGUGCUAAACCGGCAAAGGCAUAUGAUACAAAACAAUACUACAGUGUGUGAUUAUUGGUUUAGGAAAGCGCGCCCGUGCCGUGUUGUACAGUAGUGUAGUAGUCGUAACUGUAUUUUCUUUUUUUUGUUUUGUUUCGUUUCCCUUUUUGUUGUCCGCCGUACGUAUGUACGAUGUUGUGAAAAACUCCCUCCCCCCCCCCCCCCCGAAUGUGUGAUUUUAUGUGUGUGUGUGUUUGUAUGUGCGAUAUCUGUCUGUGUGUGUAUGUAAAGUGUAUCGGGUCUCGGGGGUUUCGUUUUUCAUUUCAAAUCCGUAUCCUUUCUCCGUGACCACCGUGAAUGUUUACUAACAGCAGCAAGAAGCGAUACAAAAUCCGCUCAUAUUGGCAUUGUCUGCAUCCAAGCAGAGAGCAAUAGUGACGUCAGGUUCAAUGAAGAAGCAGCAAUUUCUUUUAAAAACACACAAGAAACCCCUCCUUACCGUGCGAUACAUUGCAAAGCAAGCAGUUUGGUUAGGCAAGCUCAUCUAAGAAAUUGUUCGUGUGUAGAAAAAAACGCAUCGUAAAAAAGGGAGGUGUGAUGAAAGGCGGGAAAGGAUUUCGGUAAUCAACCAUUGUUUUAAAUCAGUUCACUCUCUUCCAAAUGUUCUUUCGCAGUUUGAAUCCGUACGAUACAUCUUGUCUAAACAGGGACACAAGCACAGCAAACACCAUUAUAUCAGAAUAGAGAAAGAAGAAGAAGAAGAAGAAGCAAAUACCAUAAGCCAUUACGUUGUGAUAAACUUUAACGGGUUAAAGAGUUUUUUUUUUUAAUUUGAAUUCUUUAUGCUUAAAAUCCUGUGCUAGCAUGUAACCUGCUGCUGCUGCUGCUGCUGCUACACACAUUUACUGCUACUUGGGUGGUAUUUUUAAACGGAUUUUAUAGUUAGGAUUGUGUGCAGUUUUUUUUUAUUUGUGUGUGUGCAUCUGUUUUUUGUUUCUGUACAAACGUUUCCAAUCGGUGCCGCCGUUACGUUGAAAAGUAGCUUAGCGUGUGAUGUAGCGUACAAACGAGCGCAUAAAUUGUGGAAGAAAGUGGCGAAGAAACAAUUGUUAGUUUGCAACUGCUUUGGAAGAAUUGAUUAAAAAGAACAAAGCGUAAAAACGGGGCAAGUAACAUUUAGUGAGGAGCGAACAACAGGAACACAGCCUGCAAGUAAGAAAGAGACGUAAUAAACAAUAACAACACAAACGAAUCCCUCCGCCCUCUUCACGUGCUUCCCGAGGGGAUGGGAGGACACCGCUGGUGAAAAUAAAAACAAACAAGAAAAAGGGACAGCUCCCUUACUCUUGAAAUUGUGGUUACGCAUCGUUAAGACACGGGAAAAGAAAAGCAACAACAACAAAAACACUGUAUAUGUGUGUAUGUGUGUAUAGCAGAGAGCGAUUAUAUUACUUUAUUACUGUAGUAUCAUUAGUUUUAAUCUUAUUUCUUUUACCUUUUAUAAUUCGUUCCAGUUAACGUAAAAAAAUGUGAAGAAAGCAAAUGAAAUUUGUUUAUGUUUCAAGAAUGUUUUUUUUAUUAUAAUUAUUACUUUGUAAAAUCAGCUGCGAAAAAUGAAUGCAAUCGCUGUGCUUUAGGGUAGUAGUGGUUGGUUUUGUAUUACUUUUGCACGCACCGUUUAUGUUCCUAGCACUGGAUCCUUUAGGUAAUCAAAGUGUUUGAAUAAUCAGGUCAUCCUAGGGUCAUAUUGUAAGACAAAAUUAUAGCCUUUUAUUAUCCAAACUUUAAGCUUUGAUUGCGUGGAAGAACGCGUGCAAGCAUGGUAUUUGUUUUUUUCUAAAGAAAGAAUGUUGCUCUGUUGUCCCUUUCUCAAACCAGAUUAAAUGUUUUAUUUAUUUCUUUUGUCCAGUGUAUAUAAUUAACUGGUAUAUAACAAACACACACACACAACAGCUGCUGUAUGUAAAGAGUAAACGAAGUGCAACACUGCGUCGCGUGUCACUAACUCUAGUUGAUAGGAAAGCGAAAGGAGAUUUGUUGGAACUGUUCUAACACAGAGUGCAGUUACGAAUAGAAUCAAUUGCAAUGUAAAGUUGUAAAGAAGCACCAGCAGGGAAACAAGAUGAACAAGUGGCAACCAACAGCACACAUACAUACAGCGUAAUGUCUCCAUCCAGUUUAGUGUGAGUGUGCAUCCUAGGCAUGUAUCAUAUUUGCAAGUAAACAUUUUCAAAGCUCAAGGCGCGACAGCAAUGCAUAGCAAACACACACACAUAAGCAAACAGUGAACGUAACUAGAGCGUAAUCAAAUAAUUCAGCCUAAUAGCAGCAAAUCAAGCAACAAGAAUGAAAACAAAACGGUUAGGAAAAGUAAUCAUUAAAACAUUUCUCAACUUCGAAUACAAAAAUACCAUUCAAAAACUUUGGUAGCAAUUGAUUGUUUUCUCUUAUAUAGCGCUGACAGAUGCGUUGUUUAGGUAGUACAUACACACACACGUAGAGGUAAUAACCUAUUCCAUCGUGUUUAAUGUAGUUGCAGCUAAAAAAAAACAAAGAGAAAUGCAUUUCGAACCAUUGUGCUGUUUGUUUGCUGAGUGCGCGAGAGUUUUCGUUUGCUCCUCUUCGCGAGCGUGUUUUCAUGGUAGUUAAAAUUCUAAGCUGUGCGCAAAACAUAAAAAGAACAAGACGACAAGAGAGAGAAAGAACAGAAACCAAUCAUGCAAAGCCUCGAGAUCAUCUCCGUACGCAGAGAGGUUCGCUAAAACACUUGCUAAUAAGAUGUUAGUAAGUAAGCGGAAUGGAGAUGUGUGUAAUUCGUACUAGGUAAACUUACACCAUACGGUAAUGUCAAAGGGCGCGUGGAGACAUAUACACGGGAUGCGGAUAAAGUAAAACAAAAUAUACACAAACCAACAAAUCUGAACUCCGGA